GGUGUUUUGGCGAUAAAGUCCGCGCGCUGUCUCCAGGCUGCAGCGCUCAGUGUGUGUGUGUGUGUUUAUCUACAGGUGGCGGAAAGUAAGCGAUAAAUGGAUGGCUGAUGGACAGGUGUCUGGACCAAUCACAACACAAUGCUGGCACGUCACCGCUUCAUCCUGCUCCUGGUGGUUGGCGCCGUGCUGGCUGUGCUAAGCCUCAGCAUCCAGUACUUGCAACUGAUACCAAACAAUCUGCUGGCAGAUGACGGGUCACUUGGUAAAAACAGGAAAAGAAUAAACCCAGUGGUCCAUACAGAGCUGCCAGAGCUUGACCCGAUCAGUGAUGCCUACCGAUACUGUAACCUGCCCAAUCAGACAGAACACACACGUGAGGGUCACAGUCUGGCGGACUACAAGCUGCUGUUUGUGCAGGUGAUGAUUCGUCAUGGCGACCGCUACCCACUCUACUCCAUCCCUCAGACUAAGAGACCAGCCAUUGACUGCACACUGUCACCUUACAGGCAGCCCACUCACCCUCUGCUGGCCUCUUUCAUCAGUCACAUGGCCCAGGGUGGGCGUGGUCACUGGGAUGCAUCACUCGGCUCAGUGGCUCGAAUACCCAAUCACAUCACCUGUGAACUGGGCGAGCUCACACAGACAGGUGUGGUCCAGCAGUUAAAAAAUGGUGAGCUGCUGCGUCAGACAUAUCUCAAGCAUCACAAGCUGCUUCCUUCUGAUUGGUCGUCACAGCAGUUGUGGGUAGAGACUACAGCAAGAAGCCGCACCCUACAGAGCGGUUUGGCUCUGCUCUAUGGUUUCCUGCCCAAUUUUGAUUGGUCGAAAGUGAUUAUGCGGCAGCAGAGGAGCACUAUGUUCUGUGGCUCGUGGUGUGAAUGUCCGGCACGGACCACCUUCCUGGAGCAGGAGCAGCGUCGUCAAUACCGUCUUCGCACCUCCAACGCUGAACUUGAGCGCACCUAUGUCACCAUGGCAGCAACACUGGGUGUGCCCACACGCACAUUGCGAGCGGCCAAUCCGAUAGACACGAUGCUCUGCCAUUUUUGUCACGCUCUACCGUUUCCCUGUGCCAGCAUGCCUUCAUUUCCCACACCUAAAAAGGGAAGGUGUCUAACAUUGCAGCACUUUGCCGUGAUCCGCCAACAGCAGAGAGAUGACGAAAGAGACCGGAAGGAGGCGGGACUUUACCGGCGUUUUGCCGUUCUUGCAGCACAUCCUUUCCUGAACCAGACAGCGGCACGCAUGGAGAAUGCUGCUCGGGGAAACAGUGAACCAGUCUUCGCCUUAGCCUCCGCCCAUGACAUCACCAUGGCACCCGUGUUAAGCGCCCUGGGUCUGGAAGGGGCGGGGUUUCCACGUUUCGCUGCUCGCUUGGUGUUUGAGCUGUGGAGGAGUCCGGAGACACAGCAGAAGGGAAAGCACGGUGCUGUGGCAAAUACUUACAUACGUGUGCUUUACAAUGGAGAGGACUUGACGUUUGAAACCGCCUUCUGCCGCGACCAUGACCGCCACUCCACUCCACCGCUGUGCCCGCUGGGUAAUUUUCUGUCAUUUGUAAGAAGGGACAUGUUCAGCAUUGUGAAUGCCACCAGCUACCAUCAAGCCUGCCAUCAAAACUUUUAAUUCAGAGACACAUGGACAGGGAGGAAGUCAGACAGAAAGAAUUGAAUAUGUUUGUCUUUUAGUUUUGUGUUCAUGAUCCGUUAGUGGUUUUUGUCUUUUAGUAGUAUUAUUUAAAAAAAAAAAAAAAAAAAAAAAAAAGGCUAACAGUUAACGCUGUGCUAAACAUGCAAUGUAAAACAUUUCAAAUUUGUCUUAUAGUACUUGGCGCCAUCAGAUUUGCACGUUUGUCUUGUAGAAACAUUACUGCUGUAUACAGUGUCAUAUCUGCAACUAGACUACCAUGAACCAAGUCUUAAGGCCUGUUGGCGCCAAACAAUAUUCGUUAAAAUUCUUAAAAGGAACACAUACAUUUCCCUAAUAUUAGGUAAAUUUUGUUUGCAAACCAUUUGAUCUGUCUCCCAAAAUAAGGUACACAUUUUUAAAAAGAGAUUCUCCAUUUCAUACCAGCAAGGUUCUCUUGAUAUUAGUGUCAUAAAAAUGACAGUGGCGAAUUUAUCAGAUUUUCUGUCAGUGACUACAUAAACACACAGCUAAAUGAAAUGCUCACAAGUUUAUAAGUGAGCCAGUAUAUGCAGCGCUGAUUGAUUCAGUGGGCAAUUGCUUAAACUGAUAAACUCAUUUGUGCAAAAAGUGAAAAUAUGCAACAGCUUGUUUGUAGACUGUUGUGAAAGACAAGUGAAGCAUUAUUUCACACUUUUGUGAUUGUCAUCUUGCUUUCAUUGUGAACCAGCCUUUAUGACUGUCCUGUGAUGUCCGCUGACACAAAUGGGCACUCAGUAUGGAUGUUAUCUAGGCAGCGACUAUACUGACACUGUAAAAUAUAGAGAAGGAAAUGUAUGAAAAAAUAUCUAGGAAGGAUUUGCAAUAUUAGUACAAUACUGUCUUUUACUUGAUAUCUAAUUUAUGUCUUAAGCUUUCAUGUUCUCUCUCGUCUAUCGAACAUAGUCAAGUGAUUCUAGGAUCCUCAGAGAAGAAAGAAUGUUCAACCGAAAUAAUAGCAAUAUAUACUGUACCACCAUAUCGCUCAUUUCGACCAUCAGAAUCAGAUUAAUUCUCUGAGCUAAUUCAGAUACCUUCAGCGACCUGCUCAGUCUAAACCAGUGUUUCCCAAAGUUUGGGUUUUGGCCCCCUAGUGGGUCGUAAGGAUAUUGCAGGUGGGCCAGUGAGGUAAAUUAUAGAAAAUAAAUUUUAAUUUAUU